AUGUUGACGCAGAACGGCUGCGACGAGAGUAUGGAGAAGUUUACGAGUCCGGCCGGCUGUUCUCAUGCAGGUUUAUACAAAAAUGCAGGUAAGUUGACAGUUUUCUUGCGUUUUAUUGGUUUAUAGAGUUAUUUUCGGUGUGUAUUACAUAUUUGACUUUGCAGGGAUUGAUUCUGAUGUGUUACAUUUCAAGCAUCGUGCUGAAGCUGUCCAGUUGAGAAAGAAGAAGCGCGACGAUGGAUUCGACCGAGCUCGACGGAUGACGGUAGGGUAACUUCUGGUUUUGUUGUAUUUUUAGUCUGAUUAUUGUGAAGAGGAUUGUGCCAGGGCUGUCUAUGACCCAGACUUGAUUGCCGAUCUUCUCUGCGACGACGAGAAUAGAGUUCUGGGUGCACUUCAUGCCUACUCUCGAAUUUUGACCAAAGGUGAAUAUGAAUAGACCGCUAAACAUUGGUUUAGCAUGUAAACUGAGUUUUUGCUGAGUGCAGCAAGUUCUUGCUUAUAUUGUCAUUGAAUUUACGGAUGUUUUAGGUUCUGCGGUAGAGGAGGCUUUGGAGAUGGGGUUGUUCAACACCUUCAUUGAUGUGUUUAUGAAGUCGGCAUCGGGAACGCUGGUGGAAUCUGAAGUUGUGAUGGUUUUGUCAGAGAUGAGCACUGAUAUUCGACCUGUUGCUGGGCGUUUAACUUCAGGUCCGAUUGCAAAACUUGUAAAUUGUUUUAAGUAAGUUGUAGUUAACAAAUCUUUUUAGAUUGAAAUAAGGAAGAGGUUAUAUUGGUUUUACUAUAACUAUAUAAUAUUAAAGAGUGUGCUAAGUUGACUUUAAUGUUGUGUUUUCAGAAGCGACAAUUCAAGAACAUGUAUAAAUGCUUUGUUUAUCCUUGAAGGCAUUGUUUCAUUUGAUCCAUUCAGGCGUUGUGACUGUGAUGAAGUGGCUGUCUUGCCAAAAGCGCUGGAUUUGUAUUUCAGGUAAGUCAUGGAUUUAUAUUGGCGUAGGAAAUGUUUUUAGGUUUUUUAAUAUAAAAAGCUUAAAAUAAUUAAAAAAUAAGCUUUGUUAAGACAAUGUUAUUUAGAUUUGACGAUAUCGCGCUAAAACGUCAACUGAUGGCCUUUUUGAACGGUUAUUUUACCUUCAUCACGCCAGUAGACGAGUUGAACAACAAAAUGAUGUUGUUGUUGGAGUUUGUCCUCUCAAACGAGUCUGAUGAAGUUCUUCUGAAUGAAACCCUUGACACUUUGAAUGGCAUUUGUUUGUUUGGACACGAUCACAUCUCAAUGGUUCUUGCGGCCGGUUUUCUAGACCAUUGCUUUGCAUUGUUACCUAAUCUUGCACUGACCAGUAAUGUACUCAAGUUUACAAAUACAUUGGCCGCGGAGAAGGAGAUAUUGGUGCAGUUAUACGAAAAAGGGUUCUUCGAUGCAGUUAUGUUAAUAUCCAACGAUGACAAGACUCCGCAAAAGAUUGUAGCUGCCAGUUUCUACAUGCUGACCCAAUUUGUGAAGAAUGGAGUAUUAGAAGAUCGACAAGAUUGUGCCGAGAAGAUCAUCGACAGGUUCCUGUGUUUGUUGAGGGAUUCUGCAUUUGACAUCCGGAAACACGUAAGCUUGCUUUGAGGUUUUUUAAAUUGUUUUAGUAAUGUAAGUUAUGCUUUUCAAUCUUCAAUUUAUUGUAACGUGUAAUAUUGUAGGCGAUGAAUGGAUUGCAUGAAGUCCUGAGUACCAAGAAUGGCAAUCUUAUUGACAUUUGUGUUAAUAAAGGGCUGUUCAGAGCAGUGUGUGAUCUACUAACAGUAAUGAAUGUUGAUGUAGUAUUACAAGCGCUGAGUUGUCUCCAGAAGGCAAUGGAAUACGGAGUUUUAUCUGGUAUGCUACCCACUUCUUUCCUUUAUAUUCUUUGGUUAUCUAAGAUUUAAAUGUUUAUUUAGUGCCUGAAGUACUUGUUAUUUUUUAAUUAUAUGCAAACCUAAUACGUAAAUCUACUUUUUUAUUUUAGGACAAGCUGACGACUAUGUAGCAGAACUUGAAAGUGUGAACGCUCCAGAGAAGCUUGACUUCUUGAUGAACAGUCAAUGCUACGAGAUCUUCAAGGCUGCGGAUGCUUUUUUGACAAAGUAUUUUGAUCAUCGUGAAGCUUAGGUGACGAUCUCAUGUUGUAUAAUAUUUUAAUGGCAACGGGCUUUCACAAAUAUCGCGGUUUAAUAAAAAAUGUUUUUUGUUUUUCGAAUAGAUUUUAUGCAAAAACCUUUCAUUUGGUUUGGUGAUAAUUAUAGAUUGUGGAGUAGUAGUCUCUAACAUAAUAUGUUUGCAAAGUAAUGGUUUUUAUUGUGUAUAACUGUCAUUUCUAUACAAAGAGUAUCUGCGACAUAUCCCACGCUUUAACCUUGAAAGAGCAGAUACAACUGAAAAGGGUAAAUACCUCUUUAGGGCGCGCUUUCCCUACUUCAUAACUUUUUUGUACGAUUUCGGUAUUACCCAACAGUCAAAAACAUAUAUCUAACACGGUUAUAAGUUUUUUUAACCAUGGUAGUGUUGGAUUACAAUGUUAAGUAAAGUAUUCAUUAUUCUAAUACUGAACUUAAGCAUAUCUAGUGUAAUCUCUACUGAUCCGAUCAAUGGUAUUGUCAGAGAUGUGGCGUACAUAGCCAAAAAUGCAUGGGAGCAGGUAUUAUUCUGGAAUAGUUUCUCGUUACAAAUAGAUGUUAUGAUAAAUUCUAACCACGAUUAGACUUGAAGUUGUUACUUCAUUGCCUAGUUUUAUCUAGUCUCGAUAUUAAAAUCUAACUGUGUAUUUUAGAUAGUCGGUCGAAUAAAGUUUCCUCGAGUUGUCGCAAAUGAAAAUGGUUUUUCGUUUCAAUUGGACGACACUGCUACUGUAAGUAGACAAAGUCAUAUUGCGUAUCUCCAAUAAACAUGUGUAUUUUGUAUAUUACAGGAGCCAGAAGGCAAAUGUCCACGUUGUCUUCCAGCACGGCCAGAAUUGAUAGUUGGUACCUGGAAUCUUGUCCUUUGGUCUCACAACUUCCAAACCACCACAAUGACUGAUGUGAACAAUGUCAUCGACAAAUUGGAGCAGGGAAAGCCCAUCUACACAGAAGCCUCGUUGGAUGAGCUAUUGACUUUGGCUCCUGAUAUCUACUGUCCUAGACUUACUGGUUGGUUUACAUUUAGGUGCCUCAUUUAUUAGUUACAGUAGUAACACAAUUAAGUUUGUUUCAGUACUGAAUGCGACGGAUGUGACUCGCUUCGAGUACAUCUACCAGAUUCCAGAUGGUCGUCAGAAGUCGAUCAUUGGAGUUUGGGAGAAUCUGAGAGACGGUACUUUCUUCUGGCGCGUAGCACCAACUAUCAACACGAGAUGUAAGUAACAUAACUUCAUUAACAUCCUAUCUUCACCUAUAAUACAACAAAUAAACCUGAGUUUUAGUGUGCGUAGCCUUUGCUACAGUAAACCAAGUCCCACAGCCCACAGACUUUGUCAUUCUGAAUCAAGUAGACUCCUGGCCAUCCUGUGCUAACUACAUUGCACUGUCACGAUCCCGAGAUCCAGCCAACGUCAACAACAUCCGCGACUUCAUGGAGCAACAGAACCUGGACGGUGCCUUUAACAAGAUCAAGAAGUUGUACUGUCCAGGAAUGGAUGUUGCUAUCAGCAGACCUGAUGUUACAGUAAGUGGUGGUAACACGGUUAAUGGCAGUGUCAUAAGACCAUUCGGCGAUGUUGAAAAGGAAGAUACGAUUCAGAAUGCAAGUAGAAACAGUACUGACAGCCCCGAUGACUAUGAUGAAGAUCUGUUGAAGAACAAUGUCAGUAAGAGUAUCGAUCCCUUUGCUUUGCCGAGGAAUUUCACUUGA